AUGCGAACUGUCCUGUUCAACGGCCCCUUUAUCCCCGAAAUUGACGUCGGGUACAAUGUUCAGGUAAACGGUGUAAGCAUUAAUUUCUUAAAAGACCCCUUUUGCUUUAGGGAUAAAAUGAUUAAAAGUGCAGUUUGUAAAAAAAUUGAAAAUGAACCCAAUGAAGAGUUACUUCCAUAUGAUGAAAAUGAAGAAAUAAUGAACCCUACCAUAUCCAUGGAAGCAACAGAAUUACAGAGGUGCAUUUACGAGGAUGGUGGCGAAAUCGAAGAUGACAUGACUCAUAAAAAUAGUUUAUCACACAAACCUGUUUAUGGUCUGUCCUACGGAGCUAUCUAUAAAUCCAAUGGAGUCAUGAACCCACAUAAUUACAACAAAAAAAUAAAAUAUAUCCAGAGCAACAGAGAAAUAGAAAUAACCCAUAAAAUACCAAAACUAGAUAUUAAUAGUAUACAUAAUCAAGAAGAAUUAAUAAUCCUACAUAGGUGCAACAUUUAA